CGCUGUUGCAAGCACGCUUGAGAAGAUCUUCGCUGAAACAAAAAAAAAACACACACACAAAACAGGUCGCAAUGAGUGAACGUCCAUUUACGGUGCAGUUUCCCAAAAGCCCCGAAAUCGGAGACGAAAUCAUUGUUAGGGGUAAACUUAAACCCGACGCGAAAGUAUUCUCUGUUAAUUUCAUCCUACCACUGCCACCGUCAAUGCUGAGAUCCUUGUCGGAACCGGAUUCUGUUCCUGCAAGUAAUCAGAACAUACAUACAUGCUGCUCUAAUGGACAUUCGACGUCAUCACAAGCACCACCCUACAUAGCAUAUCACUUCAAGACCGUUUUCCUUGACGAUGGAACCAGCGUCGUGGUGCAAAAUUGGAAAAAUAUCGUCUGGCAGCAGGAAAUGCGUAGUCCCAACCUGUGGCUUAAGGACAGAAAUCGACCGUUUGGGAUAAUAUUCCGUUUCCAUCAUGACACGAUUAAGGUAUUCGCCGAACACACUCAUCACGCACCGGAAUACGAGUUCGAGUACCAGGUGCCGCUUGAGAGCAUCCGGAUCGUUGAGCUGUGGGACGACGUAGAGUUCGUGGAAGAAGUGACUUUCAGAUUUAGAAACGUGAGGCACUCGUAGGGCGUGGGCGAUCUAUAAAUUGAAGUGUGAGCAGUUUUCGGAACACAAAUAAAACAGUUAACGAGGGAUUCCGUGUACAAGGUGUUAAUUGUCACUCUCGCUUCGCCUAAUGUAAACACUCACCAUCCGGCGAGUAAAUUCGUACUUCGUGCUCACUAGCGUAAUGAAAUUUUCCUCAGCACCUCCGGUAUCUUGCACAAAUCACGACCUGCACGAACAAUCCAAGUCAGUAUUUUUUUUCUAAUAUAGGAUCUUUACAAGUUUUACAUAUGAUAGGGAAAAGUCAAUUGAAUAAAGAUUUUAUCAAGCAACCGGAACGAAUUAUUAUUCAAGAGACUUCGAGCAUUGAUUGCAGUGGAGUAAAGUUCAUACAUGAAUCAGGUUCGUUCGCCUCCGGGAGAAUGUACGCUGCUCGUAUGUGGGAAUUUUUGCAACCUGUCAUGAUUCAUGGUGGAGUAAGUGGUAGUCGCGUAGCGUACGAAUCCAAGUGAUAGUGUUGCGUAGUUGGACAAAUCAUAUAACUCAUUAUUCCGGUCAACGGUUCAAUAAC